GUUGUUGAAAUUCAUCAUCCUGAAGUUGUUAUGGAAAGCAAAGUUGAAAAAAGUGUAUUAAACCAACAUUUCUCGAAUCAAUUUAAAAAUCAAGAGGAGAAAUCUAAUGAAUCUCAGAAAGCAACAAAUGAUAUUAAGAAAAAUGAGAAAAAAGAUGAUGAGAAGAAAUAUGACGAGAAAAAAGGAAACGAGGAAAAAGUUAACGAGAAAAAAGAUAGUGAGAAAAGAGGUAAUGAGAAAGAAGGUGACGAGAAAAAAGUAAACGAAAAAAUAGAUGAUGAAAAAAAAGAUGAUGAGAAAAAAGAUGAUGAGAAAAAAGAUGAUGAGAAAAAAGUUAAAGAGAAAAAAGAUAACGUGAAAAAAGAUGACGAGAAAAAAGAUAUCGAGAAAAAAGGUAGUGAUAGUGAAAAGAAAGGUAGCGGAAAAAAAGAUAAUGAAACAAGUAUAAAAUUGCAGAAUGAACAUCAAUCUGAAAAGAAAGAUAUUUUCACAUUUGCGAAACAUUCUCCUCUUGAUAAUAUUGUUCAUAAUAGAA